UGACCCUGCCUCCUCUGCGCGAUGGAUUCUGGAAGUUGAGGUCCGAAGGGACGACAACAGCGGCGCAGGCUAUUAUGAGGAGGGUCAACAGCAGCAGCCUGAGUGGGGAAGAUCUCCUCUUGGAGGAUUUGGAAACAGAAGGAGAGAGGCAGCUCAAGAGCCUUCUGCAUCAUCAGCUUGACACGUCUGCCUCCAUCGAGGAGUGUGUUUCCAAGCGCCAGCGCUUUGCACCUGCAGCUCUGUACAAGCCUUUUGGUGAAGAAGCUGCAGGGACUCAUAGCCUGCCCCAGUUCCAGGCUCUGCAGGAAAGCAACAAGGAGACUGCCUCUCUCAGGGAGCUUGGCCUCUCAGAGUCUGAGAUCCACCUCUGGAAGAACCAUGCAUCAGCUGGCAAGAGUCCUGGGCUUGGGGCAGCCCCUGAAGCAAUGCAAGACAGGCUACAGGCUAUCCAGGAGAAGAUUGCAGAACGACAACGCAUACUCUCCUUGCCCCAGCGAUUUGCGGGCAGCAAAGAGCUGAGCAGGCGUGAGAUGGAAAUAGAGAACGCUCUCUUCCAGGGCACAGACCGCCACUCUUUCCUGAGGAUGCUUUAUCAUCAAGAUGAGGUUAAGCAGAAAGCCACACACGAGAAGGACCCGAUGGCUCACCUGGAGACCGUUUAUCAAGAAAUAUUCAGCCAAGGGCAGCCUGAAUUGGCCCCGCCUUACACAAGCCCCUCUUGCUCAGGACCCUCUAGUGCCUCUCCAGUGGGGCAAGGCUCGACCCCACAGUCUGCUUCAGGUCCUGUGGAGGUGACAGAACUGGUGGAGUUUGUUCCAGAAGAGGUGAUCCUAAAGAAUCGUCUCUCAGAAGAAGAAAUCCGCAAGAUCCCCAGGUUUUCCUCCUAUAGGCCUGGAGAGCCAAACAAGGUGUUGUAUUUGAAGAACCUGAGCCCUCGUGUGACGGCGAAGCACCUCAUGUCGUUGUUUGCAAGGUUCCAGGAAAAGGAUAGCCCACAGAUUCAUUUCCGAAUACUGAGUGGACGUAUGAGAGGACAGGCCUUCAUCACGUUUCCUAGUGUCUCGAAGGCACAGGCUGCAUUGAAACUGGCGAAUGGGUUCAGCCUGCUGGGGAAGCCCCUUGUGAUUGAGUUUGGGAGAAACAAAGCUGGCCAGCUGCAUCCUGACUCAGAGCCCGCACUGAGUUCUGGGAGUUCCAGUUCGUUUUCGAGGGCAGGCGGUUUAUAGGUGCGGUGUGGGUUUCCAGGGUAAUGCAUCCUGAAUCUAGAGCUGGAAGCAGAACAGACAAUAGGGUUGAAUCAUAACAGCGGGAACACUUUGGGCGGAAAACAGGGAGGAACCUUUUUCCCCUGGAAGGGGGGGGGGGAGAGAGAGAGAGAGAGAGAGAGAGAGAGAGAGAGAGAGAGAGAGAGAGAGAGAGAGAGAGAGGCUGUCUCCAUGUGGGCCAGAGUGAGUAUGGUGUUUUAAUAGACCUCCUGAUAGCAGGAAGAAGGAAGAAUGACUGUCAUCUCAGAAACUGGGACACAUGCACACAGACAAACAAACAUACACACACACACACAGACAAACAAACGUACACAUACGCAGCCUCUUUUUCUUUAAGCCCAAAGCCUUGGAAGCAGCCCAGCACAUACUCAUAAUUCCUUUUGGCCUCUGCUGCCCAGGCUUAGUAGGUGCUUCUGCCAGAGGCUUCUGCCAGCGAUGAGAGUAUGUGCUUGUGGGCACAAGCAGCAUGACUCGUCCUUGGCUGCUACUUUGUUUGCUUUUUGUUAAAAGAAAAAGGAAAGGUUUUCUUAACAAUAUUUUGAGCAAUAUUUAAAAAAACACACAUUUCUUUCUCUUCAGUGUUUGUCCUUAUGUAAUGUACAUAAUGAUCAUCACCAUUUCUCUGUAGCCUCACUCAUUCCUCUAACGUUUUUUGUACGGGGGGUGUCCGUGCCCCUAUGCAAGGAGGUGGGGUAGGGGGUGGGGUCUUCAGUUGCUUUCUUUCUACUGCAAAGGAACAGUCGCUGUGCUGGAUUUUUGGGUGACACCUCAUUUGUGACCCACUUCCCAUUUUUAGAGGUGAUUUUCUUUUUGUUAUAGGAAUGAUCUUUGUUAAAAGUGAAGGGCUCUUGUUGUAAGUAGAAUGCAACCAAAAUGCAACAGCCAUCCCUCCUUUUAAUGGAUUAUGUGACAUGUAGCCCAGUGCACAGGACGACCUCACUGAAUGUGGGGGAAGGAGAGUGGGUGCAAGCACACUGGUCCUGCCCCCUGCCUGCCUGUUAUCUGUGGCCUUCUGAAAGCGGGGUCACUGAUCAAGGGGAAGGGACGUGCGGACAGCCCUUUCCUCUGUAUGGUUGUACCCUGCAGACCAGGUGAUCUCGUGGAUGCAGAGCGUGAGGCCAGGCCAGUUGUUUCUGCUGUCUCUCACUGUUGGUUCAGUGAGUGUGUGGGGCGAAUCUCAGUGCAUAAGAAAACGGUUACAUCUGGGAGCAGCUUUGGCACAUUUUCCUGAUUGUUACAGUAAAGAGACAAAAGUUAACUUGCUGUUUUGUCUAAUUCUGGUGCAGUCAUUUUGGUUAAUUAACUUUCUCUUGCCUGGACCAUUAAAACCAUUCAAGAGGAGGAGUCUGGCAGAUACGUGUGUGCACUUGCUGAUGAAGAUUACCCGGGGAGAUGUCAUUUCCCCAAUGUUCUGGUUCACGCUCUGCUGAAGACUAGGGUUUUUAAAUGGUAGUUUUUCCAAAGCCUCUUAGUAUAUGACUUGUUGUGAGCAGCCAUUUUUACAUCAUUGUGGAAUUUCCCUAAGAAACAAUUUAGGAUUGCUGAAGUUCAUGGAGAUGAUUAUCCGAAACAGAACUGGCCUCUGCUCCCAGCUAGCCUGCACUUAUCCCUUGAGAGGAGCAAACCUGCUGCUAAUGGAAGAUGGAGCUUAGUGCAUGACUGGCAGAGAGGACUGCUUGCCACUGGAGGGACUUUCUAGCAAGCUUAGGGAGUGCAGCCUGCUGAGAGAGGGACCAAGGCUUCAUGCCAAGAGGCUCUUCAGCCCUGCUGUCUCACUGGACUUUUUUCUGGUCUGAGGCUACAAUAUCGUUUUGAAGAUCAAAUGUUUAUUUUAUUUGUUUUACAGAAUUUAUACCCUGCCUUUCUGUCCUCAUAAAGGCCACCAAGGCAGCUAACAAAUUAAAAAAUAUACAUAAUAAAACCACAUCUUAAAAAGCAUUAAAACCAAUUUAUAACACGUAAUGAAAACCAUUAAAACCAUAUCUAAACUACACAUGCAAAACCA